UUAGCAUUUCGCUGUGUUUGUUACGAUCGCACAAGCUCGAAUUUUUUGCGCAAAGAAGUUAGCUCGGAUAUUUCGGAUCUAAAUCAAAACUAGGCUUUGAAAUCAUGCUUUGCUUACGAUAAAAUAACCUCUGUCCAUGGAAUAAGCGAUGCAAGAGCCGUCUCACAGUUUCGCCAAGUCAAUUCUAUGUCGCAGGUCGUGUGACGCUUGCAGACGUGUUAUAAGGUUUUGGGGGGUUAGGUGUAAAGAUUGCAAUUUAAAGUGUCACAGGAAAUGCUACGCAGCCUCUUUUUCACCGUGUAGUACUACACGGCGACCUCGCAGGUCUACAUGCCAAGUUCGCUUGUGGAGAAGAAGUCAUUUUGGAAAAGAUGUUAAAAGACCUUCGGAUACCGGACGCGGCCUGGCUCAAAUGCGAGAAAAUCAGAACAUUUUACCUCGAAAAUACACGGACGCCAAGGGCAGGAUACGCCAAAAAUUGAUCAAUGGACUGUACGAUUCAUUUUGCUAUAGUCCAAGACAGGCUCUAGACCUGUAUCCAUCUGUAAACACUCAUGCAACAACAAAAGCGACGGUGCACAGGCAGCAGGCCGACUCCCCGCUUGCCUGCUCACCAGCAAGAUACACAAGAGAUGGGGACCUUAUGCACGAUAGCCCUCGUAGAUUUACUUCUCCCGCACACGAACAGUAUCUCCCAUGUCCACAUGCGUGGACCAGAACAUACUCUUGUUCCAGCAGAACAUCGAACAUCACUUCAUUCACGGGCUCGUCGGGGUAUUCAUCCAUGCCGGCAUCUUGCCCGUCUUCCGCGAACUCUCACAGAAGCUGCUCACCGACACCAGACUUCUCGAACAUUCGGUCGCUUACUGCGACGUUAGAGCGAUACAAUGUGGAAGAGGAGCUGGAAUUAGUUGAAGAUGAGGAGUAUACAAGUACGGGAGACUGGAGAAAGGCUUUCUCGACCUAUAGUUUGCCUGCUACCUGGCCGCUCACGAGGAAAAACACAUCGAUCAAGGAAAACACGAGGCGAAUAGUCUCAGUUGACAAUUGUCAGACGAGCAGUGAACGACGGGAGUACAUGCGCCUAUUCCCUCCAUUUGACGAAAACGAUGAGGAGAACAUUAUAAAGAAAUCGUUGAAAGAAUGGAACAUCCCCUAUUCUGACCUACAGUUCGGCGACAAGGUUGGGAUUGGUCCCAAGGGUCAUGUGUACAAGGGGAGAUGGCACGGAGAGAUCAUGAUUCACACGGUCAAGAAAUCCUCUAAGAUAGACCUCGAGGAAUUUCUCAAAGAAGUGUCCCUGCUGAGCAUGAUCCGUCACGAGAACGUCGUGUUGUUCAUGGGCGCGUGUCUCGAGCCGCCCAACCUCGCCUUUAUCACCAGCGUUCGCCGCGGCCUUUCGCUGCACACCCACCUGCACGUUCGCCGGGAUUUCUUCCCCCUCGCCACGCGUAUCAGCAUCGCUCGUCAAGUGGCGCAAGGGAUGAGCUAUCUCCACGCCAAGGGCAUCAUUCUGCCCAGACUCAAUUCCAUGAACGUCUUCCUCGAGUCAAAAGUCAAGCUCUGCGUCACGGGCUACACUGGAAGGAAACUGAUAGAGAGUAGGCAUGGUUACGCUAGUCUGCCACGUGGGCACCUGACCUAUGUCCCCCCCGAGCACAUGCGGAAGAUCUCAUGGUCUGAGAACGAGCUGGAACUCGUGCAAUGCUGUAAUUCCUCUGUCAAGACCAAUGUCUAUGUGUUUGGCACUCUCUUGUACGAGAUCAUGACUGGUCGGUGGCCCUUCUCGCACUUUCCCGUGGAAAGCAUUAUCUGGAUGGUCGGCAAAGGCAAGAAGCAGUGUCUGAGACACGUCAAGUGCCCGGAGAAAACAAAGAAUUUGAUCAGGGAAUGCUGGAGCGACAAUUCCGAAGAUCGACCAGACUUUGCUAAAAUUGUACAGUUCUUUCAAGAGCAUAAUAUCUCUCAUGAAUGUUCAAACAAGCGAAUCACCGGAAGUCACUCGGAACCGGAGAAGAUUCACAUGGUUGGACGUCAAUCAAGUAAACUGUCAUUCAGCACCGCGCCGCUAUAGUGCUGUCAAUCAAGCAAUUAUCGUUCACAUAAACGCGUUGCCAUAGUACCAAAAACUGUCAAUAGAAAAGCCCGUUGACGAAUUGACAAUAGGCGACUUGCAGUAAGAAAUCACUUUUUGGGUGACACUCACACGCAGGCCCGUAGCCAGGAUUGUGAGCGGAGGAGGGCUCGCUUACCCCUUUUUAGCGAACUCUUUACUUUUAGGUAGCUCGACUUAGCUCGUGGCUGCACUUAAUUUUCCUUUAUUAGAGCGGACCUUCCAGUCGAGUGUGUGUGUGUGUGUGUGUGUGGAGGGAGGGGGGGGCUCUUCCGAACACCCAACCCCCCCCCCCUGGCUACGGGUCUGGCACGUACUCAUCCGGCUUUUGGCGUCAAACAAACAGCAUCUUAUCCAGUGCUUACGGAUCAGCCAGAAAGUGUCUUUGUCAGGAAGGGCUUAUUUUCAUUGAAAUGUUUUCUCUUUGUCAUCUCUGGCGUGACGACGCAGCCAUUUCUGUUUGUUUUGGCGCGAGUCUGCCACCCAAAAUGUCACGUGAUCUGCUAGUGCAAGUCGCCUGUUGAGCUGUCAAUCAGAUGAGGAUGUCGCUAUGGAGAUGUACCUCGAUAUCCAUCAACCGCCAGAGAGAUAAAUGUGAUAAGACAUUCCUAUAACGUUCCUCCUGCGAGAUAUAGAUAAAAACGUACACAACCCUUAUGGGCUCAACACCCUUUAGGUGCUCGCGGAAUUUGUAAAAAAAAAAAUAAUCUAAAAAAAAAAACAAGGCUUGCCUAGAAGCGAAUCCAUGUAGUUUUUUGCGCAUGGAUAUUUGUAAAGUUUUAGUGAUCACUAGUUUAUAGGUUUUUGUAUUUCAUAGAUGUAACGUGUAAGCAAUGCAACGCCCUUAUUUUAAAGAACUUCUAUGUUUUUUUUUUGAUAAACUAGAAAAUGUUCGCGGCUCCAUAAGUUUCUUACUUCCCAAACAAGGUAAAUAAGAUAUUUAAUACACAGCGUUUUGAAGGAGUUGUUCGCAAAGUGUUGGGAUGUACAAUAAUAACCAUCGCUCUUAGCAUCGUACCUGUACGAGCGGACCAUUGGAAAAGUAAAGGGGGCAGGUUUCAGUCGUGCAGUUUUAUUUUGUCUCCGAGACGUGCAUUAUUUUUUUAUCGCUAUAUGCAUUUUCUUUCUGUCUGGUUUUGGCUGCAUGCUUUUUUUUUUUUGACCAGGCUUUCAUCGUAUAUGAAUUUGUUUGUUCGCUUACCCCCCCCCCUCCCCUUCACUUUUCUAAUUGUCCGUACCUAUUGAUAAUAACAAUACAAGGUAACACAUGCUGUCGAACGCAAAAUACCGUUUCUAAAUUGAACAUAAUAGUUCUGGAUCAGCGGUAUAUUCAUUUGCAAGCUGUAUGAGACAAGCGCAGGUCGCUAAGCUUCUGGUCCGGUUUCAGAGGUAGGAAAGACACCCGGAAUAUCCAUACAGUUUACGUUACGCGGGAUGCACUGGUACAAAAGACACCCAGUGUUCCAUGCAGUUUAUGUUCGCCUAUACGCCACGCCUUAAGCUGAGAAUAGAACCAUAAAUAAGGCUCUUGAUAUGAAAGACGUUAAUAACAUACAUAGCAUGUGACGUGAAAGGUCACGUGACACGUAAUUUGUGACGUGCAAUGCUGCGUGACAUGUUACGUGACAUGAGACGUCAGAUGUGACGUGAGCUAUAUAUUUUGAACGUGAAAUGUGUUAGGGUUUGACUGGGGCUUCUACAAUCUACCAAUACAUGUAGACUCUCAUUGCAUGAUGGCAUCAGUGUGGUGUUGGUUUUGUACAACUUGCCAUAAAUCACCAUUAUCAUGAUCGAUCGUUAUUUAAUUAAAAAUUAUAGUUAUGAUUAUUA